AAUGAUGGCUACAGCGCGGUUGUCCAUGCCACUCAUCAGUGCCCAGUAGUGCCACCCAGUAGUGCCGCCCAUCAGUGCCGUCUGUCAGUGCCACCCAUUAGUGCAGCCUGUCAGUGCCCAUCAGUGACACCUAUCAGUGCCCAUCAAUGCUGCAUAUCAGUGCAGCAUCAUCAGUGCCUCCUCAUCAAUGCCCACCAGUUACAACCUAUCAGUGCUGCCUAUCCAUGCCACCUCAUCAGUGCCCAUCAGUACUGCCUAUCAGUGCAUCCU